AUGAAGCCCAACACAAGAACAUUGGUGAAUGCUGCAUCAGGAGGGUCCUUGAAAACAAAAACUCCAGAGGAAGCCUUGAAAUUAUUAGAGUCUUUAGCCUCUCAGGAGUAUGAUAAUGCUCCCGUACCACAGAGAAGAGCGGGGAUUAUGAAGCUUGAUGGUGCUCAUGCUACUGAUGACUGCAAGGCACCCGAAACUGCAGAUGUUAAUGGAAUUUGGCAUGAUCAAAAAGUUCCAUAUAAUCCAGGGAGGAACCAAUACGGCAAUAACCAGAAUCAAGGGUGGAGAAAUCAAAAUCAAAAUCAACACCCGGGAUUUAGUUACAGUUCAAACCAUCAACUGAAUCCUCCUAUGCCAGUGCAACAACAACCUCCACAACAAUCAGAAUGGGAGAAGGCCUUUGCACAACUAUCCAAGACCACUGCAGAUUACAUUCAAAGUUCCAAUAAUUUCAGAGAGGACACUUCAGCCUUUAUGCAAGAGACAAGGGCCUCAUUCCGGAAUCAAGAAGCUUCUAUCCGGAAUCUUGAAACUCAGAUUGGCCAGCUAUCAAAGCAGUUCACUGAAAGAGUUCAAGGAACUUUUUCAUGUAACACUAUUCCAAAUCCAAGUAGGGAACACUGCAAUGCAAUUACUACUAUGAGUGAGAAAGCCAUUGAACCUGUGGAAAAAGAAAAGGGAGUUGCUAAAGAAUCUGCUGUAGAGAAAUCUGUUCCUGAAAAGAAAGAGUUCAAAUGGGAGAAAAAGAAAGCUCAAGAAAGGCAAGAAAAGCCAUUGGAGCUCUCACCUUAUGCAAAUAUUCCAUACCCACAGAGGUUCAGAGAAGAAAUUCAAAAGCAACAGUACUCCAGGUUCCUUGACAUUUUCAAGAAGCUACAAAUUAAUAUCCCGUUUACGGAAGCCUUGGAGAACAUGCCCAAUUACGCAAAGUUCAUGAAAGAUCUUCUAUCACGAAAGCGUAAGCUACAAGAAUGUGAGACGGUAACUCUGACAGAGGAAUGCAGUGCCAUUAUCCAGAAAAAGUUGCCUCCAAAACUUAAAGAUCCAGGAAGAUUCAGCAUUCCAUGCAACAUAGGCAAUAUGGAAGUGAAAAAUGUUCUAUGUGAUCUCGGUGCCAGCAUCAACGUGAUGCCACUAUUUAUGAUGAAGAAACUGGGGAUCACUGAAGUAAGGCCAACCAAGACAAUAGUUCAACUGGCUGACCGCUCUACAAAACAAGCUUAUGGAAUCAUUGAGGACAUACUGGUAAAGGUUGACAAAUUCAUCAUUCCUGUUGAUUUUGUCAUCCUUGAUAUAGAGGAAAAUUCUACUAUUCCUAUGAUCUUCGGAAGACCUUUCUUGGCAACCUCAGGAGCGCUGAUUGAUGUACCAAAAGGAGAGUUGAUCUUACGGGUAGACGGGGAGCAGGCAAUUUUCAAGUUCUUUGAUAAAGAAGUCCCCUCACCUAUUACUCAAGCGGAAGAUCAAGUCUACUAUAUUAGUGAGAAAAAAGGAGAAGAAGAGUACAAAGAGAAUUCUUCUCAAGAAAGUAAGCCAAAGGUUAAAAUGGAGAAGCUCAGGAGCAAGGGAAAGCACGUAAACACCAAAUUCAAAGCUAUUGAGCCUACUACAUCUCACUCAUAUGCACAAGAAUACUCGAAUGCUGAUAUGACUGCAGACACUACACAAGAUGCUGCUGAUAUAUAUUAUGCUGAUGAUGCUACUGCUGCUAAGGCCACAGUUAGAGAUGACCAGGAGGAUGCAGGAGAUGAGGAUACACCCACUACUGAUAUGGAGGAGGAUUGA